AUGAUAUUCUCAACGUUUUCUGCGGAUUGGAGAACCUACACUUUCCAAAAUGGCGACGUCUGGCAAAGCGGGAUUUUCAAAUAUAAUUGCAAAGCUCCAAAAUCUGGCCAGGGACCACAAUUUUCCAAAUGCGGAAAGUAUUGGUGGCAGAAUCAAAAGGGUUGGGAGAAAGUGGUGGUCAUCUUCCAAGUGACAGCCGUUGGGUGGUUGUUUUUGUCUCUGGCAUCGACGAUUUUUUCAUGGUUUCAUUCUCUUCGACAAAAAGUUGUCAUCUUUCUCCUUAUGGUCACCUCAGCGUUGUGUACGGUUUUCCUGGGUCUUUCUGUCAUGUUUUACACAUUCAACAACAUCGGGUUGCCCUAUCAUGAGAGAUUUCUCGAAAACGUCUCCGUCGGUUACGGCCUCUCCUUUUGGCUAGCUCUUUUGUCUUGGAUUUAUUCUAUUUUCACGACAUUCAUAGUUUUUUGCAUUUUUCUAUCAGAAUUCGAUUUGUUCGCGAAAUCCAGGAAUGUUUUAUUUUCUGAGCUUAAAGAGAAAGUGAUGAAGACAAAAGACGAUGAUGAGCCGCUUCUCAAAAAGCAGUCACAGCUUUACGAUCAUUAUCGUAUC